AUGCAUAUUGGUGGAUUCUUACAAUCGAAAAAAAUUUCGAGUCAAAGGAAUUUUGGAAGAGGAGAAGAUGAAGAUGGUUGCAAUGGCAAUGAGAGGUCGUACUCUCAAAUGAUGGCAAUGACAUUCUUAAUAUCAUACAUCGAUAUCUUAGAAUACAUUCACAAAUCCCUCGCCGUCGCGACAGCGAUAUUUACGACGUGGCUUUUUCGUUCUGCAGUUCCCACGCUUCUGGCUUUCAAGAAGGCAGCGGAAUCACUUGAGAAGGUUAUGGAUACAGCAAGAGAGGAACUUCCUGAUACAAUGUCUGCAGUUAGAUUAUCCACCAUGGAAAUCAGUGACUUAACCUCUGAACUCAGUGAUCUUGGGCAAGAGGUUACCCAAGGUGUUAGAAGCUCCACUCGCGCCGUUCGCUCGGUGGAGCAGGGGCUUCGCAGUUUAACCACUAUGCCUUCUUCUUCAGCUUCUUUGCGGGGAAUGGAAUACAGCUCCAAUACUGAGCCUGAUUCGAGUGCACUAGCGGUGGGAAGAGCCGCUAGAGGUAUGAGAGAGAGUAUUAUCAAGGGUCGUUCUAUGUUGAAGAUGUUUUUCUCCCUUAUCAAUUUUUCAAGUUUUGCUCUCAACUUCCUCGCUAGACGUGGAAAAAGGUAG